AUGGAACGCGCAACAGAGGAACCACAACAACCUCGGGGAGCCCGCAGACGUCUCUACCAAUGGGUCGGUCAGGCGGUCAACCAAUUGCUUGACAUUGAUAUGGGGGCUACAACCAUCUCAUCCUCAAGUCAUGGGACAGACUUCACGUCUCCUUCACCGGAACUCACACCGCACGAUGAUGGCAAUAGCGUCUCAAAUUCUCCUACAUCAUCUGAUCACUACCGCUUGUGGUUCAAGGCGUCGCCGUUACCGACAAACACCACACCAAUCUCUGUCAAUCCGCCAAACCCAACAACCCCUUGCAAAUCCUAUCCCCCCAUUAUAGGGAUUGUCUGUGUCGACGCUAUUGGAGAUGUCCAUAGCUCCACAACCUACGUCAAGCGCGACCUCGGGUUUCAAGGCCAAAUCGGCCAGUAUGUCCUCCUCAGCUACGGAGACACUCUGUACAGUGACGCCAACUACAGCGAUACGUGGCGGGGGAUGACGAGUGACUCGGUGGCGAUCGCUACACAGAACCCGCUCGUGGUUGUGGACCCCAUCCUUGAUCCAAACGGUUUCCCGCCACAGUUCUGUCCACUAAUAUCUUCCUUCGGAGAAGAUGCGGCCACCUGCGCUUUAGGCAUCACCAAUGUGGUUGAGACCACCAUGCCGAACGAGGGCGUCAUGUUCUUCCUCCUCAACCACCGUCCCAACGGAACGAACAACCUCGUGGGCGCUGGUGUGGCAUCGAUCACUCUUGACACGUCGGCAUAUCCUCCCAUCCCGCAGAUAAGCCGUCUGCCUCCGCAAUACUGGUGGGACGCUACAUCCGAACCGUGGUAUGGCGAUAUCUGCGCACUGCGAUGGAACGAGCACGUCUACGCGUACGGUCACGGUCCAGAAGGCAAUCCCUGGGUAUAUUUGACUCGAGUUCUUGCCGAGGAAGCCACCAACGUCGCCUGUUAUGAGUACUGGAACGGCGAGACCUGGCAGAAGGACAAACUUGACGGGAAAAGUAUCGGCGAGAAGGAGAGUGUGUUCUGGCAAAUCAACCAGGGACAGGUGAUCUGGUCCAACUAUUUUGGAUGCUUUCUCUUUGUAUAUUGUGACAACUGGAUGAAUUCCAAGGUGCUUCUGAAGACCGCACAACAGCCCGAAGGACCCUGGUCAGACCCGAUCACGCUGUAUCAAGCGACGCCGAUCCAGCCGGGCAGUUCCAUCUACGCAGCGGUGCCUCAUCCCUACUUUGACGAGACGGGGAAGACAUUGGUGGUCACUUUCACGAACCAUCCGAAUACCGUGCAAGCUGUGCGGGUCGUCUUUUCUUGA